CCUCCCGGGGUUAAGAGAUUUCAUCGAAAAUUGCUUAGGAGAGCGGCCAUCAAUAUGCGUGGAUUUAUCAUUUUGGCUGUCUUGGCUGUGGCUCGCGCUGAUGUGGGCGGCUACAACUAUGGAGCAGGUGUUGGUGGUUCUGUCGGUGGAGGCUCUAUUUCUGGGGGCUCCAUUUCGGGAGGCUCCCUCUCAGGAGGCUCCCUCUCAGGAGGCUCUAUCUCGGGAGGCUCCCUCUCAGGAGGCUCUAUCUCGGGAGGCUCUUUCUCGGGAGGUUCUAUCUCCGGAGGUUCCCUAUCUGGAGGCUCCUACUCCAGCAACUAUGCCCCCGUGAGCAGCGAGUUCAACAAGGAGUUCUUCACCUACUCCGCCCCCGAGGCUGACUUCGAGGACACCAGGAGCAUCGGUGACCUGGCCCAGUCCCUCAAGAAGAACCUGCGCGUGGUGUUCAUCAGGGCGCCCGAGAACAAGGGUCUGGAGAACGCCGCCCUGGCCCUGGCCAAGCAGGCUGCCGAGCAGCAGACCGCCAUCUAUGUGCUGACCAAGCAGGGCGACCUCUCCAGCCUGGCCAACCAGCUGCAGAACCUGAACCAUGUGAGCGCCAGCAAGCCGGAGGUGCACUUCGUCAAGUAUCGCACCCAGGAGGAUGCCAUCAAUGCCCAGCGGACCAUUCAGCAGGAGUACGAGCGAUUGGGCGGCUCCUCCACCUCGCACAAUGGAGGCGUGGCACCUGUGCUGGACUUUGCCACCAAGGCGCAGCAAGUGCAGCAGGUGCAGCAGGCGCAGCAGCAGCAGCUGAUUGAUGAGCGCAGGGCUUCCGCCGGAAGUGUAGCCGCCGAGCUGGAGGCUCCCGCGGCAGGAUAUAUCCCACCUGCAGCUGCUGCGCCCAGCUCCACCUACCUGCCGGUGAACAAGGUCAAGUAAGCGGACUGCCCAGCCCACAUCCUCUAACUGCUACUUUAUAAAAUACAAACUUAAUUUAAUGUGUACCCAA